AUGCAGACUGCUUCUACAAACAUUUGUGAAAGAAUGGCAAUAUGUCCAUCUGUGACAUUUCCUUGCUACUAAAUAUUCCACGGUCAAUUGUUAGCAGUAUUAUAACAAAGUGGAGCAACUGGAAAUAACAGCAACUCAGCCACAAAGUGGUAGGCCACGUAAAAUGACAGAGCGGGGUCAGUGCAUAAGUUACCAACUGAAUGCAGAGUCAAUAGCUAAAGACCUCCAAACUUCAUGUGGCUUUCAGAUUAGCACAACAACAGUGCAUAGAGAGCUACAUGGAAUGGGUUUCCAUGGCCAAGCAGCUGCAUCCAAGCCUUACAUAACCAAGUGCAAUGCAAAGCACUGGAUGCAGUGGUGUAAAGCAUACCGCCACUGGACUCUAGAGCAGUGG